AUGCUUCCGCAAGAUAUUGCGAUCUAUCGUAGUAUGGUUUCGGGCGGCAAAUACGGGCCUUGGGUCGAUCAGGAAUUUUCUGUGAGCAAGAAUGCUUGUAGGGCCUCAAAGUUCAAGCAGCAUGCACAAGGAGACUUGCCGCGAAUCACCGUGGUGCUCGUAGUCAAGAGCCAUGAAGCACGAUUCCACCCUACAGCCGACACCGAGGGACACAGCUCCGGUAGUCCACUGGCUGGUACCGUUGUGGACCGCGGCAUCUCAGAACCUCGCCAUCGGGACUUUUUCCUGCAAUCUCACAGCCCAAUGCAGGGCCCCAAUCAACCGACUCGGUGCUUCGUGAUAUUCGACGAAGUGUUUCGCAGGCGAUGCUGUGUCCGUAGUAAUAUGCGUGGUCCGGUCGAUUUGCUAGAGAACCUUACCCACACGCUCUGCUAUCUGUCCGGCGAUACUAUACAGGCAAGAAGCACUUGCGCACUGGUACACUACGCAGAUCCUAUUUGCCAUGCCUCGUGUAGCUGGGAACAGAUUUAA